AUGGGGAAGAAGAUCCUGAGCGUCGCAACUUCAAGUGACCAGCUCGGAGAUAUCAAGACCGGGCUAUGGUUGGAAGAACUUGCAGCACCAUAUUAUAUAUGGAAGAAGAAGGGGUACAGCGUGACGGUGGCCUCUAUCAAAGGCGGACAAAUCCCUCUUGACCCAAUGAGCCUGAAGGAUGACUAUCUCACCGAGCCGUCCAAGACGUUCCUGGACAGUGAGGCCGCAAUGAAGGAGCUGAAGAAUUCUCCUUCUGUCAAAUCUGUGAACAUGGACGAGUACGAUGCGCUGUACAUUCCAGGCGGGCAUGGCAUCAUGAUUGACGGCCCAAAGGAUCCCCACCUGCGCAAGACUGUGGAGACGGCUGCCAAGCAGGGCAAGGUCAUCUCUGCUGUGUGCCAUGGCCCAGCCGGCCUUGUCUCUGCUGAAGUAGAUGGCAAGCCUGUUGUGAAGGGCAGAAAGGUGACCGCAUUCUCGAAUAGUGAGGAGAAGAAUGUGGGCAAGGAAUCAGAGGUGCCAUUCCUGCUGGAGGACAAGCUGAAGGAGCUCGGUGCCAAGUACGAGAAGGGCAAGGACUGGUCUCCUCAUGUGGUCACAGAUGGAAAGCUCGUCACUGGCCAGAACCCACAGUCAAGUGCACCGCUGGCAGAGGCAGUGGCAAAGGUCCUGGAAUAA